AUGUUUCAGCCAGUUUGGAUUCGGCAACCAGUGAGCUUCAAAAUUAGCGAAUUUCUUGCCCGAAAUUGUGCAACAUCAUCUGGUACAAUCUUGAAACAGAACUCUAAAAUAAAUAUCAAAUCAUGCAGUUUGCUUCGGAACAGCACAUUUCCAGAAUAUGUACCUUCACAUCAUUCCAAGUUGCAUAAUAUUAUCUGGAGAAAACCGUUGGAAAACAUUUACAUUGUUAAGAAGCCAUGGAAUGACAGUGUGACUGAAGCUAUGAGUAAGUUCAUCCGACAUAUACACGAGUGCUAUCCGGCGGUUAACGUUAUCGUUAGUGAUGAUGUUGGCGACGAGUUGUUGGAAAUUACUGGUGAGAGGGGGAUACGACUCAGCAAUUCUAACGAUGAUGAUGGAGUUAGCAGCACAGACAGUGGGGUAGAGGAUUUGAUUAGUGGUGUUAGUGACAGUAACAAAAUCACAUUGUAUACAGGAACCAUGGCAGAGAUAGUUGAUAAAACGGAUUUGGUGGUUACAUUGGGCGGAGAUGGUACAAUUUUACGAGCUGUCAGCACUUUUCUGAACUCCAACGUUCCACCGGUGUUGAGUUUUGCACUUGGGACGUUGGGGUUCUUGCUUCCCUUUGAUUUCAGUAAAUUCAAAGAGACAUUUGCUAUGAUGUACGACUCAAGGGCCAAGGCUCUUCAUAGAAGUAGAUUGGAGUGCCAUGUUAUAAGGAAGGAACCCGAGAUGGUCGAGAGUGCAUAUAGUGCACAGCAGCGCCAGUUAAUCGAGAAGGUCAAGCACCAGCACAACCAUUCCACCACAAUGAUGCAUGCAAUGAACGAUAUUUCGUUGCAUAGAGGACUGCAGCCCAACCUCACAUCGUUGGACGUUUACGUCGACAACUCUUUGUUGACUAGCUCCACUGCUGAUGGGUUGAUCUUCUCUACCCCCACCGGUUCCACUGCGUACAGUUUAUCUGCAGGAGGAUCAAUUACGCACCCAUCAGUGGAAUGUAUAUUGUUAACUCCGAUCUGCCCCAGAUCAUUGUCAUUCAGGCCCUUAAUCUUACCACUGACGUUGCACAUCAGGAUCCAGAUGUCUGAGCGAAACAGAAAUGCUGCGAUUAAAUUGAGCAUCGAUGGAAUACCACAACAGGACUUAAGACCCGGCGACCAGAUCCAUGUAGUGAGUGAAACUGGCACCAUUUUCAUGCCAGGAAAUAAACUUCCGAAAAAUAAUAAGCGGAAUGGGAUUGAUGGGGGAAGCGAGAUUGAUGGUGAAGAAAGCGGCGAAACUCCAGACACGCUUGUGAGAAAGAAGAGUCCUUACAAAGGUAUAUGGUGUGUAGCCAGAAGCGAGACCGACUGGACGACGGAUAUUAAUAACUUGUUAGGGUUCAAUACAUCUUUUAGAGAAAACACCAGGAAAAGCUAG